AACAGGUCCUCCAGGCUGUUGUGUUAUGGUGGCCACUCACAACACGUUGACAAGCCUUGAGGGGGUAUAUAUUGCGCCAUUACUGUAAUACUGUCUGUGUGGAGUACCUUGAGUGUUAGUUGAUAUUAAUAAUGGGUAAGAAGGGACCUCAGACCUCAAGCUUGGGACGGAGUAUAAUAAAGGACAGAUUUGGUAAGAAGAACAGAUCUGGGAAUUCAUUGCUACACACAUCAGAACUUGAAGAUGGCCAAGACUGGAAUCGCAUCAACUUUCAGUCAGUCACAGACCAGACACAUAUCGAAGAAUUUUUGGCAACAGCUGAACUGGCAGGGACAGAGUUUGCAGCAGAAAAGCUGAACAUGAAUUUUGUGCGUCCCACCAUAAUAGCUGGAAUGUUGACGGACGAGGAGAAAAAGAAGAUACAGGAAGCCCAGGACGCCAACAGGGAGCUUCUCGGCAUCCCACGCAGGCCACCGUGGAACAUAACCACCACAGCAGAGCAGUUGGCCGAGGCAGAACGAGACAGCUUUCUCUCCUGGCGUAGAAACCUGUCCCAGCUGCAGGAGGUAGACGGCAUAACUCUCACACCUUUCGAGAAGAACCUGGAAUUUUGGAGACAGUUGUGGAGAGUUAUAGAAAAGAGCGAUGUUGUGGUCCAGAUCCUAGACUCUCGCAAUCCCCUGCUCUUCCGUUGUGAGGACCUGGAGGCUUACGUCAAAGAGGUGAACCCUGACAAAGAUAAUCUUCUGCUGAUCAAUAAAUCAGACUUUCUAACAGAGUCCCAGAGAGAAGCGUGGGCAGAGUACUUCAGGCAGAAGGACAUAAAAGCUGUGUUCUUCUCAGCACUAAAUGGGGAGGAGCUUGACGCUAUUAAAGAGGAGGAGGAGGAGAAAACUAACAGUGAAACAGAAGAGGAGGAGGAACUAACAGACAGAGAGGAUAAUCAGGACCUGAAUGUGGAAGAAUGUCGUCAAGAUUUGGAAAACUUAUCUGCCAAGCUAAAAGAAAAUUCAAGUGUCAAGACAACGACAGACACCACCUCUGACGGUGAACAAGCUGCUUUGCCAGUAGAAGCCGAUGAUAAACCCUCACAACCUUCUACCACCUCCACCUUUACAACAUCAAGUCGCAUGCUAAGCAGAAGCGAAUUGAUGGAAGUCUUCCGUACAAUAUAUACCAAGAAAAGAGUACUGGAUAAGUCAGUCACGAUAGGGCUGGUAGGUUACCCCAACGUUGGCAAGAGCUCCACCAUCAAUUGCCUCAUGCAGGAGAAGAAAGUAUCUGUGUCAGCCACUCCAGGGAAGACCAAGCAUUUCCAGACUUUAUUUUUAACUGAUGAUAUACUGUUAUGUGACUGUCCUGGGUUAGUGUUCCCAGCAUUUGUGGCCACCAAGCAGGAAAUGAUCAUCUCGGGCAUUCUACCAAUUGAUCAGAUGCGAGAUGAAGUCCCUCCAGUCAACCUUGUAGCCAGCCAGAUCCCACGAGAAGUAUUUGAGAACAUGUAUGGUAUUACCCUUCCUCCUCCCUUAGAAGGAGAAGACCCACAAAGACCACCAACAUCAGAAGAACUAUUAAAUGCAUAUGGGUUGAUGCGAGGGUAUAUGACCCAACGAGGUCUUCCCGACAACCCACGGUCUUCCCGCUACAUCCUGAAAGACUACAUGAAUGGCAAACUCCUGUACGCACACGCCCCUCCUACAACCUCUCAGGCAGAGUACCAUAAAUACACACUCACUAAGAUGCGGAAGACUGUAGUCCAGAAACCCACACCUCAACAGAUGGCAACUCGGCCGUAUCAGAUAAGACCAGAGACAAUUGACAGGAAAUUCUUUGCCACGACAACUUCACAGUUUCAUAUAAAAGGAAUUAACAAAGGAGGACCAUCAAGAGUACAGAAUGGUUCAAGUGUAGAUGACCAACCAAGAAAGAAGAAUUUUAAGAAGAGAGAGAAACUGAGGAGGAGGUUCGCACACCUUGACCAGUGAUGCUGAGAGUACGACUAAUAUAAACGAACCAUGAGUUACGUCACAGGUAGAGUCCGCAGGUUUUCUGUAGCUCAUUUGUGUAAUCUACGCAGGACUGUCACAUGGUAUUAGUCAUAGGAAACGGCGAUAGUGUAUUUUUUCACGUAAAGAUACGAGACGUUGCUGUAAUCGCAUGUUGUGUCAAUGGGGAAGUACAGUACAUUACAGGGUAUAUAGUAUCGGGGAAUCAUGUGUUAUUUCAGCGUCAUUAUUUCAUUUCUUUUGGGUGUAGCUAUGGGUUACCUGGGGUAUAUGGUUAGACAUGACUAGUGAUUGGUACUAUACUCACCCUAAAUUUCCCAUUGUACCUAAAAAUAUGGAGCUGGUUUACUUUUAUAUGAAAGACUAAAAUAUAUUGUUUAUAUUAAUGGUAACUUGUUUUCUCUUAAAGAUUCUGUCCCUAGGAUUAUUUUAUUUAGUGAAUUGUAUUGGUCAUGUGAUAAGUCCACAUGUACACCCAGAUUCUAUACUGUAUCUUAAAGCAGACAGUCAGAAUGUUUUAUCCCUUGCCACUCAAGUAAUGGAUGGAUAAACAGUGACACAAAGUGGUGGUGUAGCCUGUACUAGACGCCAGACAUUAUAUCCCUCUUUAUUGAAUACAGUACUUAUAUAUUGUGUGCCUCCGUAUGUACUGUACGUAUAUACUGUACAUAGAAUACAUACAAUUGGUGCAGAGCACUUCCGGGAAUGAGAGAUUUCUGGGUAACGAUGCGACUCUCUCAAACCUGGAAAAAAUCCAUUCCCGGAAUUUCCAGGUCAACCGGGAAAAUUUUCUCGGAAUUUUCCAGAAAAUGUGCCCCUCGGAAAAUUGUGUUAGGGUGUUCAAAAAGUCGACAUCAUAUAAAAGUGUUCAUAUUUAUUAAUAUGUACAAUAAAUGCUUUGUCAUUAAAAAA